AUGUGGAAAACAGAUAAUCCAAAGCCUCGUAUAUUAAAGUGAGAAGAAAUGAAUUGUAAAAAGAUAAAUGAGUGCGAAUAUACACAUUUUUUCACAGUAGGUAAUACAAAAUACUGUAAUAAGUACGCCUGUCUGUUAUCAGACCCGAAUUAAGAGGGGACAGGGGGGACACGUUUACAGAGCCCAGAAAAAAUAAUGACCCACAAAGAUUGAAAGAGUUGAAUUAAACUUAUUAGUUAUAUUUAAAUAUACAAUACCUUAUUUCAAGAGUAUACAAAUUAAGUGAUGGUCCACGGGCCCUCAAACCCUUAAUCCAGGCCUACCUGUUAUUACACUGAAACAAUCAUAAGCAUAAUAUUAUGAUAUUCUACUUUUCUUUUACCUCUGUGCUUUACACUGUACACUUUCAAUAAAAUAUAGGUGCUCUAAAAUACAGUAUAAUACUAAUUAAAAGUAAAUACUAUAUUACAGACCAAUGUUGUUGAUGUUGAAUGAUUUUAAAUAAAAAAAAAAAAAACGAAUUCCGAAAAAAAUUAAAAAAUUAACAAUUUUGUAGUACUUUAUUUGGAAAACAUAAAGUUGGCAUCCCUGGGCACAGUCGGUGCAAAUGUACACCACGGCUGACAACAACGUCUCGGAGGUUCGACAGUUCUGCGUCUGCUGAUACUUCAUCGACCAUCAUGUUCGCGAUACGGUUUUUCGUCGUGUUCGUCACUUCGCUAUUGUUGCCCUGUUGUUCGUCGCAAGACACUACCACGCCGAGAGUACGCGUCGAAUCGGGAGAACUGGUCGGCAUUACCGACCGGACCACAAUCGGCGGCCGGCCCGUGUACGCGUUCUUGGGCGUACCUUACGCCAGUCCGCCCGUCCACAAAAAUCGUUUUAAGGUAACCGUGCCCGGUUAAGUCACCGAAAAAUAUAUUACAGAAUGGAGACACUUCGUGUAUGUUAAAAUACUUCCCACUUCAAAAUUUGGCCUUAAACAAUAUUAAAAUAACAUGUUUUACCCCUGGCCAUUUAUCAUAUACUUUAAAAUAAUAAAAUAUAAUAAUAUAGGCAAUUAACAAAAUAUAUUUCUCUAUGUUUAUUUUUGUUUGGUUUAAAAAAUCCGUAUGAUAAAGGAGAGGUGGCAAAUAAAUUUCCUUCAGAUUUUCCUUCAAAUUAUGAAGAAUAUAAUUUUUUUUAUUUGUCCCGUUUAAAAUUAUAACAGUCACCCUAUAACGUACAUUAUGUAUCAGUGUAUUCAUACCUACAUACCGGUAUAGAAUAAUAUUACUUAUGUAACCAAACGGUCGAAGUUUUUUCGAAUAAAGGUACGGCAUGAGCUCGCGAAACGAGAUGCGAGUAAAUGGAACUUUUCGAAAAUGAUAAAGACAAAUAAUACGGUCUGAUACGGCGUGAUUUAUAUAUUUAUAUAUAAAUCAAUCAUAUUUGAAUACAAAAUACUACUAUGAAUUUAAUUGCGAAAUAGUUUCGUCUAGACUCUAGAAGCCUUUGGGCCAUAUAAUGGUCUGAAAUUAAUAUUUACUAUAAUUUGGCUUACAUAAAAUUAAUACCUCUAAAUUUAUAUUUGAAUUCUAAAAGUCACGCAAUAAAUUAAUUUUAAUAUACUUUUGGAUACGUGAAAUCCAAAUUUUUUGACAGUUUUGAAACCAAUCUCUUUAAUUAAAAUGGUUGAUUAAAGGGUAGUAGGAGGUGUUUAUUAAAGUAUCGUGAAACUUACAUGUUUCACUUCAAACUUUAUAUUUUUAAGGACGCUGAAUCCAAAUUUAUUAUCAAUUUUAAAAUCAACUCCUCAAUUAGGGGAGCAGAAGAGGAUUUUUUUUAAUUUUCAAAAAAUUUAUAUUUUUUUAUAAUAAUACAUUUUUUCAUUUAUUAAUAUGGACUUAUUUACAAUAGAAUUACUUAUAAAGCAUAAUAUUUUUAAUUUUUAAAAAGUUAUCUAACUUACAUACACAAUAAUCUCGUUAAUCGUUAACUUUAAUAUCGUUGUAAUUCUAAUUUCUAUACCGCUACUGGAACCAGCUUUAAAUAAGAUCUAAAACCGAAUAGACAAAUAAAGGCAAACAAAAGUCAUUGGAAUUAAUUAUUUAAUAUGUUGAUUGAAAAAAAAAUAUUAGCCAAGUAUUACUUUUCGUUAUUUUUUAGUUAUAGCUAUUUUAAUAAGUAAAACUAAGUUUUUAAUUAUUAUGUCACAUUUUAGAAUAUAAAUAUAUGUUUAAAUGAUAACGUCUAAAUGUAAAAAGUCCAUAUUAUAAUAUAACUAUUUUAAAAAGUUUUUAAAAUAAUUAAUCCGUUUGCAAUAGCAAUUUAACACAAACUAAAUUAAUAUUGAUAGCAUACGAUAAAUAAUAUGGAUAAAAUUCUGUGUUUUCAAUCAUACAUCGAUUUCACAAACUAUGAUUUCUGGUAGAAAAUUUGGGUACCUACUUGAACACACACAAAAAUAAAACAAAAAACACAUUUAAAGUAUAAAACCAAUUCAAUUUAUUUUUUAUUAACCCCUUUGACAUUUAAUUGAAAGAUUUUUAUUGAAUUUUUCUUAAUCGUGUUUAUUAUUAACAUUGGCUUGCCCGACUUUGAUAUUAUAGGGGUACCUAAAUGUGUGUAAAUGACGAAUGCGUUUGUAUGGUCGGUAAAACUAAAAACAAAUUAAAAAUGAUUAAGUGUAAUACAAAUUUAAAUAUUAAAAUAUCAUUCGUCUUAAUAUUAUUCUAGGAACCGCAACCGGUGAAACCGUGGAUGGGUGUGUGGAACGCCACCAUUCCUGGGAGCGAUUGCAUAGGACUGAAUCAUGCUACGUUCAGAGUAGUCGGCCAAGAAGACUGUCUGUACCUAAAUGUUUACACGCCAAAAGUGAGUGGAUAUUACGUAAUACGUUCGAUCAAAUUUUGGAACUUAUCGACCGGCAAAAUAAACGAUUAUUCCUUCAAGAACAAUUAUUGCCGAUUCGUUCGGUCAAAACGUACAAACCACGUUUUUAUGAAAAAAAAAACCCAAAAUUAUUAUUUGAAGUCACUAAAAGGCUGAUAAUAUGGUAAUUGCAGUAAAAAUUUAGUCAAAUAUCUAGCUUACAGGGGGAAAAUAUCAACUUGUAAUGUAAAUAUAUCUAAAUACUAAUCGCAGUAUUAUUGUCGAGGGUUAUUUCUUGUCGACGUAUACUACGUUGGUAGGUACUUUAUAUUAUACAUGAGUACCUAUAUAGUAUUUAUUUUAAAGACUCAACGCACACUUGUUAAAUACCUACCUUUGAUUUAUUUGUCCAUAAAUAUAAAAAUUACAAAUUCCGAAAUAUAUAUACGAUCAAAGAACAUUCAUAAAUCGUGAAAGAAUCGUUAUUGGAAACGUUUCGAUAACACUGCACGUUUCGGGUGCCUUUCGCCAAAUCCCUCAAGAUAUUUUCACUUAAAUCGACAGUAGUGGAGAAUUCGUUUUCACAAUACUUCCCCAUUACUGCAGCUAUCGUUUAUUGGUUUAAAAUACAAUUAUACAUACAGAAUCCCGGUUAACUCUUCGCGAGGCAUGUUCGCAUAAAACACCUAUACAGUAUACCUAUAUACUUAAACAAUACAACCGUUUGAGGGAUGCGCGGGCAUUGCAUCCACUAUACCCCUUUAAAUUAGAGGUAACUAUUAAGUUAACAUGUUCUACAUAGGUACUACAAUCUCUUCCAGCGGCCCAAUUUGCGGAACCCACCAACCGUGGUGAUCCACAGCCCAGUUCCAUGGACCUUACUAGAAGUAAUUGUGCAAAUGCAUAGUUAUUUUUUAAAUUACACAUUUUAUUUAUUAUAAUUUAAUAUAAAUACUUACUGUACGUUUAAAAAUAUUAUCCACAAGCGUAGUAAUGUUAUUGGCUCGUGAAAAUAAUUAUAAAAACCACAUAUUAUUUACACGCAUUAUAAUAAUAUAAAUCUUAUAAAUGCAUACGCGAACGCCCAUUAAGGGGGUCAAGAAGAGGGCAUCAUGUCUUCCGUUACAAAACGUUAAAACCUAAACACUUUUUUUUUUCUGGAGCCAUAACGCACGACCUAUAUUAUGUUACUGUUUCGUACAGCUACCCCGUGAAGGGCUGAUAUCCGGUGGAUUGAUGAACGUGAUCGUGUACAUUCACGGGGGUGCGUUUCAAUUUGGCGCGGGCAUCAGUUUCGGUCCACAUUACCUUUUGGACGAUAACGAUUUCGUGUACGUCUCGAUCAACUACCGUCUAGGACCGUUGGGGUUCGCGAGCACGGGUGACGGAACACUGCCCGGCAAUAACGGUUUAAAAGACCAAGUAGCGGCCCUGAAAUGGAUCCAACGUAACAUAGUGGCUUUCGGCGGUAAUCCGGGAGCGGUGACGAUUGCCGGCAUGUCGGCGGGCGCAGCCAGCGUUCACUACCACCUGGUGUCGCCAAUGUCGUUAGGUAAGUCGGGAGUAUGGACAGUGAAAUUAUUCGUAAAACAUUAGUGUCGUGCUUCAAUUCGACCAAAAAGAAUUAAAUAGGCGAUGGUUAUUUUUAAGCGACGCUACAUUAAUACAGUACUAAAUAUAGUAAACUAUAAAACCUUGUAAACCGAAAUAUAUUACCCAACUACAGUAUAGUACUAAUAACUAUAGUACCCAACUAGAGUGUUUGGGUGGGGGGAGGCCAAUUACCCUGUAACUCCCUGGAUCCGCCACUACAUCUAACAUCCCGAGUUCAUUACGUUCGCGUAACUUUUUCGAAAACCGAUUUUAUAAAACAAUAUAUUAUUAUUACUAAAAAUAAUUUAAUACAACCAAAUUAUUAUAGUUCCUAAUCAUAACAAGUGUAUAACCGCAUAACUGUAUGAGUAUAAUCACUAAUCUCAUAAAUUAUAAAACAUUUGUACUUUGUGAGCAGUUUAACAAACAAGUAGGUGCUGAAUCUAUGAAAUAAUCAAAAUAGUAUACUCACUGAAAUGCAACUGUCAAUGUUUGUAUUAUUGUCAAUUUAACGGUAAAUUAAACAGAUGAAAGUGCUCGAAAAAAAAAUAUAUAUUCCAUAAAAAAACAAACAAUUUACCUAUUAAAUAUUUGACAAUAUAUAAAAAUAUCACAAAAGUGAUCAGAAUUAAUCCGAGUCUAAAAACAGUAAAUACUAAAAUAAACAUUUUAUAGAAUUUCUGAUAAAUGCAAUAAUGACAAUUAACACAAAAAUAACAAUAAUAAAUAACAAUUGUUCGUGUCUCAAAUAUUCGAGCAUUCUAGCAAAUCUUAGCACAUUGUUGAGCUCAUUAUCGAAAUUAUAGCAAAAUAUGCUGUUACCAACUUAACGGAACAUUUUUUAUAGAGCCAGAAAUGUUUAAUUCAAACAAGUGGAAAAUACAGAAUUAGGAAGUAGGGAAAACGUAUUAUAAAAUUACAAACAUAAAAUGCCGUGAUUUUUACAAAUCGUAUCAAAAUUUUAAAUUUAAACGCUUAUACCUGUGGUUUGAAAAAAAUAAUAAAGAACGAUAUUACAAUCAACUAUUAUUUUACUAAUAACUUAACUAAUUAUUAUGAAUCUUGUAUCAAAAUUUCAAUAAUUAUAACUGUGCUAAAACAAUUUAAUAAAAUCAAUUAAAAAGUAAAACAUUUCAAAUAGUUAUAAAUAGCUCAAAAGAAAUCAGAAUAUAAUGUUUUGAACAUUUACAGCGUCUAUAAAAGGCUAAUAUAAGUAUUCAGUGAAAGUUUUUGGUUUACGCACCAAAAGAAAUAAAAUAAAAUUUAACAAUUCUUUUAUUGAAAAAAAAGUGUUUUUUUUUUAUUUAUUUUGCUUUUUAAUCUAAAUAGUUUUGAUAUUUCGAGCCCCCAAAAAGUUUCAAAAACCCGGCGCCUGUUAAUGUUACCUAAUUAUUAAUUUUUAAAAUAUUAAACUUAUAGCAACGAGAAUAAACCAUAUUUUCCGAACAAUAUUAGUUAAUAGGUAUAUAAUGUCACUAUGACACAAUACAGCAGCAUAAUUGAGAAUAUUUUAAGGGGGAAGGAUAUCAAAAUAAAUCUUCACGACAACCUUGUGGGAGGUAUGCUUAACACAACCGUCCCCCCUACCAACAUUUAAAAGCUCAUCACCAGGGCUCGGAAGUUUUCUAUUAAAUAGCAUGUCUGCGUUUUCAAAAUCGCAACGUCCUAAUCACGUUCGGACGCGUAGUAUAUAAAGUUUAAAGUGGAAUUUACUAUUUAUUAUGACAUUUUUUUUUUUUUUUUUUUUUUUUUUAUAUGACAUCGGCUAUAAUAUAUUAUAAUAUACUAACAAAAUAUAAAGCAACAAAAAUAAAAUAAUAAGUAUAUAAAUAAAUGGGUUUUUGAAUAGAUAUGUAUGAAUAAAUAAAUAAAUAAAUAAAUAAAUAGGUAAUAGGUAUAGAUAAAAAUAAAAAAGUGAAAAAGUAUAAGUAUAUUAACAGCAAGUACAUAAGUAACAAUAUAAAACAUCAAUGUAACAUAACAUAACAAGGUAACUACAGUUAUAACUAGUGUUUAGAGGGAUGACAAAUUCCAAAUGAAAUAUUACUCAGGUUAUUAUACAUAAACGUCUUCACAAACGAAACUCCAGGUUAUUUAUCCAUGUUACUGUAUCCUCUUCAGCCUUGUGAAGUCUUACUAUACCCCCGUUGAACUUAGUGUUAGGGCAUUCUUCAAUGAUAUGUUGAAUGGUUUGUUCUGCUCCGCAUGCACACAAGGGAGAAUUGAUCAUACCCCAUUUAUAUAAGAGACUUUUAAUUCUACCCUGAUUAGUCCUAGCUCUGUUUAAAGCUGUCCAUAAGUGUCUGGGCAGGUUGAAUCCCAGGACUCUCAUCAUUGGGUCUGCAAUCAAUGUUGAGUUUUGCACUUCUGAAUCUCUCCAACGAUUUUUCCAUACCUCGGGUAUUGAUUCUUACGGGAAUGUCAGGUCCCAGUUAGAGUGUCUUGACUUCAGUUUUUUGGGGGGGGUGUGAGAUUAUGUCGUUAUAUAAUGGAAGUUCAGGGUUGUUCAUUACUUUUUUUACUUCCUGAUGAGCCUUCAUUAACCUCCUCAGUUCUGGAGGUAUUAUUUUCGACAGUACCGGCAACCAUUGGGUUUGGGUAGUUCUCACAGUCCCUGAUAUUAUUCGCAUUGACUUGUUGAGCUCUAUGUCUACUUUUUUACAGUGAGCACUUCUUGAUCAUACCGGUGCACAAUACUCGGCUACGCUGUAAACCAAUGCUAAUUUAGAUGUUCGCAGGACUUCCCCGUUACUACCCCAAGCUUGUGCCCGUUAAUUUUGCUAUUAUAUUGUUUCUAGUUUUCAACUUUUUUCCAUUGCCUCUAUAUGGUCCUUGAAAGUUAGAGCUCUGUCAAUUUUUAUCCCUAGGUACCUUGGACAUUCACUAUUGGCCACUGGGGUGUCCCCUAUCUUUAAUUCUAGUCUUCUGUUGGCUUCCCAACAUUAUGACAUUAACUAGAAUAUUAUUUGUCUAGUAUAAUAAUAACCUAUGAAUACUUUGGUACCUACCAUUAAAAUUGAACAUUUAUAAUUUUUGAAUUUCAUAAUAGUUUUAAAAAUUUACAUUUGAACUUCCAAUUUGUGUAAAUUAAUAAUAUACUAUAUAAAUACGGCUCACGGGGGGAUCUACCCCGAUAUCCCCCCGUAAUUAUGCCCCUGACGCAAUAAUAAUUUUAAUUACUUAUUUACUUGCGGAAAUAACCAAUAAAAUUCUACACUGUAUACAGUAGGUACUACAUUAAUGCUUUAAUUAUCAUUUAAAGGGUUAUUUAAUCGAGUAAUUGCUGAGAGUGGAAGUGCUUUAUGUCACUGGGCGUACACAGAAAAUGUGGUUGAAAAGACUAAAGCAUUAGCUGAGUUUCUAGGAUGUCCUACAUACUACUCAACAGACACAGUCAAAUGUCUUCGAUCAAGGCCUGCAUUAGCCAUCACAGAGUCCUUGAAAAACUUUUUAGUAAAUACGUAAUAUUUUAAUACUUUUUGACUUUUGCAAAUCUAAACACAACAAAUGUUUUAACUUGUAAUACUAACACUGUUUUUUGUCAUAAGCCGUGGAAGUACAAUCCGUUUUCACCAUUUGGUCCUUCCGUUGAAACGGCUGGAGUUGAACGUUUUUUACCAGAUUUACCAGAGAACUUACCUGCCCAGGAUAUCCCAUUGCUGUUUAGUUUUACACAAGACGAUGGUCUUUAUCCAUCUGCCGAAUUAGUGUCACUUGAAGAAACUCUAUUGGAUAUGGAAACCAAUUGGAAUUAUAUUCUACCAUUUCUACUUGACUAUAACAACACAAUUUCAGAUGAAUCAUUGAGACCCGAAAUUGCACAGAAAAUAAAGACAUUCUAUUUUAAAAACAACCCUGUAUCAGUAAACACCAAAAAUAACGUUAUCCAAGUAAGAUUAAUACACUUUGAACAAUAAUUUACUUACUGAGGUAUUUUGGUCCAAAAUUACCUAUACAUACAUAGUUACUAUAUUUAAUUAAAUUACCGUAACAAUACCUAUAAAUAUAUAAAAUGCAUAGUUAAACAUACAGAUAUCCAUUGUAGAUGACUUCAGAUAGAAUGUUCAAAGAACCUGUGGCAAGAGCAGCCAAACUUUUGGCCUCAAAAAGUAAAUCACCAGUAUUCUUUUAUGAAUUUGGUUAUAAAGGUAAAUACUCACUAUCAGACAAAUAUAUCAAAUCUGGAAACUCUGACGGAUUAGGUAAAUCACAAUAGUAAUUUUAAAAAAACCUCUAUCUAAUAUCCACUUACCUUUUUUAUUAUCUUAUCAAUUUAGGAGUAGCACAUGGUGAUGAUACCAUGUAUAUUAUAAAAACUAAAUAUGGAGAUCCACAUAAAAAUGCUGAAGAUGCUAAAUUAAUUCCCGUCAUGGUGAACAUUUGGUCAUCAUUUUCUAAAACGGGGUAAGUAUAAUUUAAAUGAUUCUAUUUCUUUAAAAUAGCGGAAUAAUAUAAAAAAAAAAAAAAAAAACAAUAAAUUCGAUUAAUCCUUUAGUUUAGAUCGUAAAAAUAGAUAUUUAAAUAGUUUAUGUUUUCUAUGAACAAAUAAAAAAGGUAGUAACCUUUUAUUUGAAAAUUUAAAUGUGCAUAAUUAAAAUUUUACUUCCAUAAUAUUUUAAUGGCUCACGAAUUAAACAAGAUUUUCAGUAUGCAUCAAAUUAAACACAUUUAACCGUACAUGACGAUUGACGAUAUCGAUUACCAAUAUUUGAAACAUUACGAGCAUAAUUUUAUUAAACUUACUACAAUAUACAUACCAAUCAAAUUAUAUAUAGUAUAUUCCAAUAAGCAAGUUUUAAUGACAAAUUGUUAUAUUUCAGAAUUCCUGAUAUUGGAAAUUCUGUAGUAUGGUCACCGUUAUCUAAAAACCCCGCCGAUCCAUUAAAUUUAAUUAAGAUCACGCAAAAUCAAACUUUCGAACCCCAGGAACAAUCGGAUCCUGGUAAUCAUACAUUCUGGAGUACAAUGCCAUUAACAGAGUUCUCAUACACAAACAUAUGGAAAAACAUAGACCACACUGAACUAUAAGAUAUGUCUAAAAGAAAGACUACAGUAUAUAAACUAAAAUCAAAUAUUAUCGUAUUUAAGCAUUUUUAAAUUAUAAAAUAACCUUAGAAUACUAAAAAUAUAAAUGGUACUUGUCUAUUGUUAUACUAUUUAUUUUUCUAUUUAUUAAUAAUAGCGUGUUGUAUUGUGUUAGCUAAAAUUAUUGUUUAGUAUGAUGUAAUUAUAUUAUAUAUCGAUUAAAUUAUAUUUCAUCGCAAACUAUAAGAU